CAAAUAUCCACAAGAGUCCACCGUCGGAAUCCCACGCCCGGAAAAAUAUCUCCAACUCCCACGCCACCAUCUCCGAUCGAAACCCUAAUUCUCUUCAUGAAACCCUAAUUCGUGGUUGGAUCUUUCUCUGGAUCAAUGGGGGAAGAAGCUGAUCAUAUCGACUGUGAUUUGUUAAUGGAUGGCUGCGGAGAUGGGGACGAAGGGAAAGUUCUCGAAUGGGAGAUCGGGCUCCCGAGCGCCGAUGAUCUCACGCCUCUAUCUCAGGGGUUGAUCACGCCGGAGCUCGCCUCGGCUUUCAGCAUCACGCCGGAGCCGUGCAGGACGAUUCUCGAUGUCAUUCGAGCCUCUCAAAGCACCAUGUCUAGUCUCCAGCGUAACUCCACAUCCUCAUCUUCCUCUACCUCUGUUCUCAAAUCCUUCGCCCCUUUCCCUUCCUCGGAUGCCCAUGAUCAGAUGGUCCUCGAUGGCGACGACCCGGUGAAUUCCAAGGACGGGGAAACAGAGCCCUCCCAAAAGGCACGGAGGAUGGACUCCACCGUGAUGGAGGAUGGGGAUUCCUCUGCUAUCCGGCAGGACAACUCCAUCGACGAGCACUCCGCUCGGACUCUAAAGAGGCCCCGCCUCGUAUGGACGCCUCAGCUCCACAAGAGAUUUGUUGAUGUGGUCGCCCAUCUGGGCAUCAAGAGCGCCGUGCCGAAGACGAUCAUGCAGCUGAUGAACGUAGAGGGGCUCACAAGGGAGAACGUUGCCAGUCAUCUCCAAAAGUAUAGGCUUUACCUGAAGCGGAUGCAGGGCCUCUCCAAUGAGGGUCCGUCCUCCUCCGACCAUUUGUUCGCAUCUACUCCCGUGCCACAGAGCUUGCGCGAGCAGCAGCCCGUGCCCGUUCCCGUGCCCAUGCCGAUGCCAUAUGCCGUACCGACCAUGUUCCCGAUGCCCUAUGGAAUGCAGCAUGCUCAUCAUCAGGGACAUAACCCUGUGGCCAUGGUGCCUGUCAAUAAUCACCAUGGAGGUGGGGCUUACCAGGGAUUCGACCACUAUGGAGCUUUUGGGGAUAGGGGCAAGGAUUGCUCCGGAGGUAACAACUUUGGCAACAUUGUUUCAUAUCCUCAUGCUACCACUAAUGAUAAAUAGAAAGAUUAAAAGUUUUUUGCUGAUUGUUUUCAUACAAAGAGGUUCUUCUUUGUGAUUCUAACACUCAUUGGUAUUAUUUGUGUGGAAUGCUAAUACACAAUCAUAGCAGUCUAAUGUAAUUGGCUGCAGGCUGACUUCCUUUCCUCUAAAGCACUUCAUUUCUCUAAACAAAAUUUAUCAUUCAUCACAAUGGUGAAUUUCACAUCCAUUUGACCGGCUUGAUGUUCUUUACCAUUAUAGCAUGGUGUAUAUUCAACAUAUUUAGGAGCAUCCUAGGCAUGGGAAGUUAAAUUUCUAUUUGAUCCAUAAAUAUCGCUUAUCAAUGAAAGAGAAGAUCUUAAUUUCUACAUUGUUGCUCAACUUCUGUUCUUCCUUCUUAUUCCACUGCUAUGCAUUGUGAAGGAGUUUCUUGUGGAUGCAUGCUUUAUGCUAUAGUUUGUUUGGGUAGGAGUGAUGUUCAUAUGAUGUGCUUGAUAAUCAGAUCUGAUGUCAUUCCAUUGUGACAAUGUUCUCUCUCCCUCCCCUACCUGAAAUUUUUAAUGGUCUACACUGCUUACCAUCAUUUUAUAUGAAAUUGCCUUGUGCCCUGGUUUUUGUUUUUUUAU